CGUCAGAGUUUAGUUUGGGGAAAUUCUCCUUGUUUCCUGUUUUUCUUCCAUUCCUCUGUCUUCUCUUUCUGGCAGUGCCGCUGUGCUUCUGUUACACCUUGUAGCGUGAGUGGCCCACGGUCCUCGGAUGUCCUGUUCUGUUUUUUGUUGGUUUUUUCCCCCCCAGGCUUACUUCUCCUUUGUCUUUGGUUUUUGAGCUCUGUGUUGCCGUGUCCUGUCGCUCCAGGCUCUUAAACAUGUCCAGCCUGCUCGCGAGCCCCUUGGAGGCAUGCUCGGUGGCCUGUGUUUCUGUCGCUGGUUUGAUCUCUCUUUGUGGUUCUUUCUCAGGAUUUCCGUCUCGCUCCUGACCUUGCCCACCUAUCCUGCUUGCUGUCUACUUCAGCUGUUGCAGCCCUUAGCGCAUUAAUCACAGCUGGUAAAUUCCUGGUCUCAUAAUCCCGGCACCCCUGUCUGCUUCUGGUGCUUGCUGGGAACCUUCAGACUGUGCUUUUUGCCUUUUGGGGUGCUUUGUGUUUCUCACUAGCAGGACGUGAUGGGCCGGUUAGAAGAAACUGCUGUCCGUAGGUCGGGCCUGUGGCCGUGAGGCGCCGGAAGGGGCCCUCUCCAGCCCUGUGGUGAGGGCAACAGGAGGCCCUUCAGGUCGGAGUGGACAUCGGAUGGUAGCCUGGAAGAGACAGUUAAUACUUUUCGGUGGCUUCCAUGAGACUACAAGAGAUUACAUCUACUACAAUGACGUGUACGCCUUUGACCUGGACACGUUCACGUGGAGUAGGCUGUGCCCUUCGGGGACUGGGCCCACCCCCAGAUCGGGCUGCCAGAUGUCUGUCACUCCCCAGGGCAGCAUUGUCAUCUACGGGGGCUACUCGAAGCAGAGAGUCAAGAAGGACGUGGACAGAGGCACGCAGCAUUCCGACAUGUUCCUGCUGCAGCCUGUGGAUGGAAGGGAAGGCAAGUGGGGAUGGACGCGUAUUAACCCUGCGGGAGCCAAGCCCACCCCGAGGUCUGGCUUUUCGGUGGCCGUGACCCCGAAUCAUCAGACGCUGCUGUUUGGGGGUGUGUGUGACGAGGAAGAGGAGGAGAGCCUGGAGGGGGACUUCCUCAAUGACCUGCACUUCUAUGACGCCACCAGGAACCGCUGGUUUGCGGGGCAGCUGAAGGGACCUAAGUCAGAGAAGAGGAAACGGAGGAGGGGCGGAAAAGCAGAGCCCGAAGGUGCCGACAAGCAGGAGCGCGGGGGGGCCGGUGCCCAGGAGCCCCUGGAGGUGGUCAGAGAGGUGGUCGCAGAGGACGGGACCGUGGUCACCAUUAAACAGGUUCUUGCCGCCCCGGUCCCGGCGGGACAGCCACAGUCCGGGGAGGAGGACAGCCCCGACGAAGCCGGUGGCCCCGUGGUGGAGCCCGGUCCCCGCUCCAACGCCAUGCUGGCCGUGAAGCACGGGCGGCUCUACCUGUACGGGGGCAUGUUUGAGGCAGGUGACCGCCAGGUCACCCUCGGCGACCUGUACUGCCUGGAUCUCCACAAGAUGCAGGAGUGGACGGCCUUGGUGGAGGCGGACCCAGGAGCUCAGGAGUGGCUGGAGGAGACGGAGUCAGAAGAAGACAGUGACGAGGACGCCGAGGGUGGAAGUGACGAGGAGGACAGUGGCGACAGCGGCGGGGAGGCUGGGGGCCUGGCUCCGGGCCCAGGGAGGGCACCGGCUGGCCAUUCUGGAGACCGCGGCGGAGCCAGACCUGCCUCCCAAGACAGCACCAACCUGGCAGCCGCCAGAGAAGCCCCCACACGCUGCUGCCCCACCGCCCGGCCCUGCGUGCACCUGGCCUCCCUCUUCCCAUCACCGGCACCUUCUGGGCUCUGUGGAGGGAGCCCUGAGGAGCCGAGGCUGGGUGUACCGUGGCAGGCCCCGGGGCCACCCUGACCCUCGGCACUCACCGCAGCCCAUCGUCCCAGCCAUCCUCGGGCAUCUUCUGGAAGCACAAACACUAGCCCUCUAUGUGUGGAAGAGACCAGAUCAGAGAGUUUGAGAAACUUCUCUACGUCUGUAUGAAUCAUGGUUUCCAGCUGCUGAGAGAGAGCUGCUUUCCCACAGGCUCCACCCAGAGGGGAGGCUCAGCUCCCAUCAGCUCUAAACUUGGGGGUGACCGUCAUGUGGAGCACAGGCACGGCCCUUCUGUGGAGGAGCUGUAUUGCCCGGGGAGUCAAACGGACUCAGGCAGCACCGAUUUCAGCCCCUAUGCACAGGCCUGAUGUGGGGACUCCAGCAAAGGGGGUUUGCACUCAGCUGCGUGAACCUUCCAUGCGCACACACGUGCUGACAGCCCACACCAGACAAUGAUGCCACAGCCCAGCGUGGUUGCAGGUGCGGUGAUGGGCCCCCAGCUGAGCCUGAGGACAGCACCUUGUAGCUGUGAGCGGGACCUUCCCACCCAGCCGUCCCAGUGGCUCCGACUCAGGCCUCCACAGGGUCUCGGCGGCCGAUCCCAAAGGAGACCCUCUUCCCUUGUAAAACAGGGCAGGAUAACACCAGGGGUCCACGCGUCUCACCUGCCUCGUGUCCUGGCUCCGGGGCACUGCUUCCCAACCCCAGAGAAACCAACACACCGUGGCCUGUCCCCAGGACAGGCAGCCUGUUAUCAGUAACAGAUGAGUUGACAAACGAUCACUGCUACCUGGGGACCUGUUCCCCACAUGCCAGGGGCUUCCAGAAGCCCCAGAGAAGCCGUUUCUGCCACACGCUGCCCAGCAACCCUGACAUGGGGCCUUCACGUGGGCCCCCGUGUCCCCUGAAACAGAUACAGGCUCCUCAACACAGACGGAGAGAGGAGGCCCGGCCCCGGGAGAGAGAGGCACUCUUGCCGAUGGAGUGUUCUCGACGCCCCCCGCCCCGGAAGCAGGGCAGCCCCUGAGCCUGGCUCUGGGGAAAUGAUACGGCUUUUCCACAGAAUGUUCCACAGGCUGAUCUGGGAUAAUGACCAUUUCAUUAAGCUGUAAUUCCAACCACACCGUUCACCCGUGUAAGACCUACGAUGCAGUGGUUUUCAGCGUCUUUACGGUCAUUUUUAGGACACCUUCAGCGCCCCGAGACCCCGUGUCCUUCAUCAUCAGUCACCACUUCCCCCUCACCGGGUGGACCUGCUCUGGGUGCUCCGCACCCAACUGACUGUUCUGUAACUUAUUUUAACUGAAGUGAAGUUCACAUGACAAAACACAAGUGCACAGCUGGGGCACUGUGUUCACUGAGCUGUGUAUCCACCAUUUCCGCCUGGCUCCAGGACGCGUCCGUCACAGAGGGGUCCGUGUCUGUCACAUGGAGCACAGGCACGGCCCUUCUGUCACUCCCGCCCCCACCUUGCCCCAGCGUGGGCAGUUCUGAGCCACCUGCUGCUGUGGACAAAGCACCCGCCAUGGUCUCGGCCUGACGGCUUGUGGCUGCUGCAUGCGACACUGGGUGUGGCCCUUAUCCUGGGACCUGGGGUCAUCGUCUGGCAAAGGAGAGUGAAUUGUGGGACCCGAGCAGGCGACGACCACCCUCGCCUCUCAGACACCCUCGCACAACAAGUCUGGGAAGGUCUGGCCCUCGGGUGCAUGGCGGGCUGCCAUCGGUGUGACAGAAUGCUGAAAAGGGAGUAUGUUAUGGGGCCUGUAAACCGAGCCCCAGAGACAUCAUGUGAGGGGGCACAGGGGCUCUCAGACCCACCGGGAGGCACAGUGAAGUUUGGAAAGACUGAGGACAACGGCCGGGCCUAUUCAUGGCUGCAGUCCCACGGACCGUGAUACCGCUCACCAGGCCUGGCCCCCGGUACCUUCUAGUAAAAGGCCGACAGAUAGGUUUGGGCACAAGGAGCCCGAACAAAGGAGAGCAGCUGAGCUGACAGUAACACACAGUACGUACCUGAGGGCUUGAGCUCCCUGGAGGCCAAGGCAAGCAGGGAACCGCAAGGAUGCCAUCUGGGGCACACGUCAGACAAAAACCCGUGGCUCAGCAAGGGCCAGGCUUGGGACCUGGAAGAAGUUUCUCAGCCUCACAGGUUUAGGUUGCUGGGGCCCCACAAAGAGUUCGGCCAAACAACCAGAAGGGGCUGGAAGGACCCAAAGACCAGCAGCGAGAGUCUAGAACGGGGCUCCGUGCUAUUCCACAGUAGCUCUUUCUCUUCCUCCAAGUUGAACUUGGACCUUAGGGCAGGCACACACCCCCUGCCCAGACUCCUCGCCGAGAACGUGGGAACGUCCUCUCCGACUUGCUACUCUCCGUUCCUAACAGUUACUGUUGCCGACCAGACAAAUGUGGGUGGUCGUGGAGCCCACACAGCUCUGGACCAACAGACGGGACCAGCCACCCAGCAGAAACGGGUUACCGAGUGUGGCCACUAGAGGAAAGGCAACGGGAGGUAAUGGGCAGCUACAGAUGGUUGUUGAGGAGGAGAGGAUAGAGCCUUCGGAGCUACAGCCAAGCACAGCCUGAUGGAUUGGACGAGGCGGCUCACAGGCUGAGGUCGCAGGAAAACAAGAGUGAGGUUUUGUGUUGCUUAAAGCAGCGAGUUUGGGGGCCCCUCAUUCCGAGGAGCGGCGUGCACGUGUGAUCAUACAGGCAUCCUGAUCGAAGGACUCCCCUUAAAUACCCCCAAGAGUUGGGCUAACGGGGCAUUGUUUGUAAGCGUUUCUGUACACACGUGCCCCGGCGACACGCAUGGAAACGUGGGUGCCACCACCUCGGGUCCUGUGUCCCCAGUGGACAUGCGGCCUGGCCACGGCAGCCUCUCCCAGGCCGGGGGGGUGGGGGGGCUUGUCUGAAAAGCCAACAAGACUGCUGUUCUCUUCCGGUCCUGUCCCAGACCUUAGGAAGUCAAGUCACCCCCCUCCCCACCUCCCGGUGAGACCAGUGUGCCUCCAGGCAGGGCCGGUGGACACAGCAUCUGCGGGCAGCGUCCACGCCUCACUCCUGUGGCCUGAGCCCCAAUGGACGGUGAGAGCCUGUCACUACUUUCAGACUGCCCCGUGGAAGCUCGACCUCCAGGCCAGCAUGGUGCGGUGUGGCCCCGUGACCCUGUGGACAGGGCCUCGCCCCCACCUCUGACCCUCCCGUGGCGGGCACACUCCCGGAGAGGAGGACACGUUGCGUCCCCGGCCCAGCACACGGCAGCCCUGGAGGGGCCACUGUUUGGUUUCCACCUCUCCACUUAGUAAAAAUACCACAAACGUUAAUUCACCAACACUGUACGUGUAUUUACAUAUAUACGUUCACACAUAUAGAAGAAGAAUCAGCCGUGCCAGCCCUAAAAUAAAAUCGAAUCGAGAAGAGUGAGCACGUUUAAUAGAGAAGACCUCCCAGCGCAUCAUGAGGCUCCAUCUUCCCUGUGACCCUCGGGGCUGGGCUGGCCUGUCUGUCUCAGGGGGAGUAGU